GCCGGGCGGCGGGGGCUGCCCGGGGGCAGGCACUCGAGGCGGCGGGAGCUCGGCGAAGGGCGGGCCAGGCCACUGGUCCGGGCCAUGCCGAGGAAGAAGCCGUUCAGCGUGAAGCAGAAGAAGAAGCAAUUGCAGGACAAGCGCGAGCGGAAGCGAGGGCUUCAAGAUGGGCUUCGCUCCAGUUCCAACAGCCGCAGCGGGAGCCGGGAGCGGCGAGAGGAGCAGACCGACACCUCGGACGGGGAAUCCGUGACCCAGCAGAUCCGCAGGCUCAACCAGCAGCCUUCCCAGGGGCUAGGUCCGAGAGUCUACGACCCCAACCGAUACCGGCUGCAUUUUGAACGGGACAGUCGGGAGGAGGUAGAGAAGAGAAAGAGAGCAGCUAGAGAGCAAGUGCUGCAGCCAGUCAGUGUUGAAGUGCUGGAGCUGGAUAUCCGGGAAGUCUAUCAGCCUGGCUCAGUCCUGGACUUUCCACGACGGCCUCCUUGGAACUAUGAGAUGUCCAAGGAACAACUAAUGAGCCAGGAGGAACGGAGUUUCCAGGAAUAUCUUGGGAAGAUACAUGGGGCUUACACUUCGGAGAAGCUCAGCUACUUUGAGCACAAUCUGGAGACAUGGAGGCAGCUGUGGCGAGUGUUAGAGAUGUCUGACAUUAUAUUGCUCAUCACAGACAUCCGACAUCCGGUUGUAAACUUCCCACCAGCAUUUUACGAGUAUGUGACUGGAGAACUGGGGCUGGCCUUGGUGCUGGUUUUAAACAAGGUAGAUCUGGCCCCACCGGCUCUCGUGAUUGCCUGGAAGCAUUAUUUCCACCAGCACUACCCGCAGCUCCACAUCGUCCUGUUCACCUCUUUCCCUCGGGACCCCCGCACUCCACAGGAAUCUAGUAGUGUCUUGAAGAAGAGUCGGAGGCGGGGAAGAGGAUGGACUAGGGCCCUGGGGCCAGAACAGUUACUGAGAGCCUGUGAAGCCAUCACCACAGGGAAAGUGGACUUGAGCAGCUGGCGGGAGAAGAUUGCUCGCGAUGUGGCUGGAGCCUCCUGGGGCAAUGGCUCUGGAGAGGAGGAAGAAGAUGAAGAUGGACCAGCAGUCCUGGUGGAGCAGCAGACUGACUCAGCGAUGGAGCCCACAGGCCCCUCCAGGGAGCGCUACAAGGAUGGUGUGGUGACCAUUGGUUGUGUGGGUUUUCCCAAUGUAGGGAAGUCCUCGCUGAUCAAUGGGCUGGUGGGACGGAAAGUUGUGAGUGUCUCCAGAACUCCAGGCCAUACCCGAUACUUUCAGACUUAUUUUCUCACCCCCUCUGUGAAGCUCUGUGAUUGUCCUGGCCUCAUCUUCCCCUCUCUGCUGCCCAGGCAGCUGCAGGUUUUGGCUGGGAUCUAUCCCAUCGCCCAGAUCCAGGAACCCUACACUGCUGUUGGCUACCUGGCCUCCCGGGUCCCUGUGCAAGCCCUGCUCCACCUGCGCCACCCAGAGGCUGAGGACCCUUCAGCAGAGCAUUCGUGGUGUGCUUGGGACAUCUGUGAAGCUUGGGCAGAAAAACGUGGUUACAAGACAGCCAAGGCGGCUCGCAAUGAUGUGUACAGAGCGGCCAACAGCCUGCUGCGUCUAGCAGUGGAUGGUCGCCUCACCUUGUGUUUCCACCCCCCUGGCUACAAUGGACAGAAAGGUAUCUGGGAGUCUCAUCCUGAGACCACAGAACUGGUGGUUUUACAGGGCAGGGUGGGGCCAACUGGUGAUGACGAGGAGGAGGAGGAGGAAGAAGAGCUGAGCAGCUCCUGUGAGGAGGAAGGAGAGGAGGACCGGGAUGCAGAUGAGGAGGGAGAAGGGGAUGAGGAUACCCCAACCUCAGUUCCAGGGUCCUGCCUGGCUGCCCGUAACCCUUAUUCCCUACUGGGUGAGGACGAGUGCUGAGUUCUCACCUGGUGUCAUCUUUCCUCCCAGUGUCUUUGCUUUUGGACUGACCUGGAGUCAUCUCCCCUCUGCCACCCUGAUUGUGAAUAAAGAUUGUCUGCUUUGUA